GGCAGCGGAGGCUGCAGCCUCGCUCUGGUCCCUGCGGCUGGCGGCCGAGCUGUGUGUCUCCUCCUCCGCCGCCGCCAUAUUGUCUGUGUGAGGAGAGGGGAGAGCGGCCGCUGCCGCUGCUGCUUCCACCACAGUUUGAAGAACACAGGUCUGAAACAAGGUCUUACCCCCGCAGCCGCCUCUGAACACAGUAACUGCCAGAUCUCCAAACACCAAGUCCAGCUUUGUCGCCAACCUGUCUGACAUGUCGGGACCCGUGCCAAGCAGGGCCAGAGUUUACACAGAUGUUAAUACGCACAGACCCCGGGAGUACUGGGAUUAUGAGUCACAUGUGGUGGAAUGGGGAAAUCAAGAUGACUACCAGCUGGUUCGAAAAUUAGGCCGGGGUAAAUACAGUGAAGUAUUUGAAGCCAUCAACAUUACAAAUAAUGAAAAAGUUGUUGUUAAAAUUCUCAAGCCAGUAAAGAAGAAGAAAAUCAAGCGUGAAAUAAAGAUUUUGGAGAAUUUGCGAGGCGGUCCCAACAUCAUCACACUUGCAGACAUUGUAAAAGACCCUGUGUCACGAACCCCUGCCUUGGUUUUUGAACACGUAAACAACACAGACUUCAAGCAAUUGUACCAGACGUUAACAGACUAUGAUAUUCGAUUUUACAUGUAUGAGAUUCUGAAGGCCCUGGAUUAUUGUCACAGCAUGGGAAUUAUGCACAGAGAUGUGAAGCCCCAUAAUGUCAUGAUUGAUCAUGAGCACAGAAAGCUACGGCUAAUAGACUGGGGUUUGGCUGAGUUUUACCAUCCUGGCCAAGAAUAUAAUGUCCGAGUUGCUUCCCGAUACUUCAAAGGUCCUGAGCUACUUGUAGACUAUCAGAUGUACGAUUAUAGUUUGGAUAUGUGGAGCUUGGGUUGUAUGCUGGCAAGUAUGAUUUUCCGGAAGGAGCCAUUUUUCCAUGGACAUGACAAUUAUGAUCAGUUGGUGAGGAUAGCCAAGGUUCUGGGGACAGAAGAUUUAUAUGACUAUAUUGACAAAUACAACAUUGAAUUAGAUCCACGUUUCAAUGAUAUCUUGGGCAGACACUCCCGUAAGCGAUGGGAACGCUUUGUUCAUAGUGAAAACCAGCACCUUGUCAGCCCUGAGGCCUUGGAUUUCCUGGACAAACUGCUGCGGUAUGACCACCAAUCACGGCUCACUGCAAGAGAGGCCAUGGAGCACCCCUAUUUCUACACUGUUGUGAAGGACCAGGCUCGAAUGGGCUCAUCUAGCAUGCCAGGGGGCAGUACGCCUGUCAGCAGCGCCAAUAUGAUGUCAGGGAUUUCUUCAGUGCCAACCCCUUCACCCCUCGGACCUCUGGCAGGCUCACCAGUGAUUGCUGCUGCCAACCCCCUCGGGAUGCCUGUACCGGCUGCCGCCGGCGCUCAGCAGUAAUGGCCCCUUCUGUCUCCUGAUGCCUGAGCAGAGGUGGGGGAGUCUACUCUCUCCUUGAUGCGCCUGGCGGGGAGGGGUGAAAUACUUAAGAAGCACCGUGUCUGAACCGUUGCUUGUGGAUUUAUAGUAGUUCAGUCAUAAAAAAAAAAUUAUAAUAGGCUGAUUUUCUUUUUCUUCUUUUUUCUUUCUUUUUUUUUUUAACUCAAACUUUUCAUAACUCAGGGGAUUCCCUGAAAAAUUACCUGCAGGUGGAAUAUUUCACGGACACAUUUUUUUCCUCCCUUUCCAAAUUCAAUUUCUCAUCACUAAAGAACAAACAAAGAUAAACCAGCCUCAAUCCCAGCUGCUGCGUUUGGGUGGAAUCUCUUCCCACGCCCACCAUCACUCCCUCACCAUCCCACAUGAUGGGGAUUUGUAUCAUGCUGUUCUCCAGAGAUUACAAAAAUGUAGCUUCUUGAAGGGAGGUGGGAAGGAAGAAGGGAGGACCCAAUCUGUAAAAGCAGCGUCGUGCUAGUCACUCGCAGCCCUUUACUCCAAAAGUGCUCCAGUGGGGCUGUCCCGGUGAAUCUAGUGGAGAUAUGUCUUAGUGACAUGGAGAUGCUGAAAAGCUACCCAAAGUGCAGACAGGUCCUGAAAACUUCUGUUCAGUAUGAAUCAUGUCUUACUGACCGAACCCGAAAUCCAGCUCACUUAGAAGUUUAGUUUCCAUUUAGUUUAAAAUCCUAAUAACCUUCCCUCCCAGGCUCCUUACCUUGGUCCCCUCCCCUUUCAUCUCCCAUCACGCUCUGUAGUUGGUAGGAGGGGGAAGGCAAAACCUUUUUCAGCUUUCUUUGACUUGGUCAUUUUGAAUUUAGUUACUGGGUAUAACUUAUUGCUUUUUACAAAAGAAGAAUACAUUGUAUAGGUUUUAUGCUAGCAACUCUUUAAGAGCUAAUGGGAGAUGUGGCCACAGUGUUUCAUUUUAAGCUUUUACCUUCUUUUCCUCCUACCUUCCCCUUCCCUCACAUGUCAUCCAGUGAGAAGGACCUGCCCCUCGGUCUUGUAAAGGUAUCUGAGAGGUAGGAGCAGAGUCACUAUCUCCAGUGAAACUGAAAUGGUAGACCUGUAAUUGUGGGAAAACUAUAAGCUCUCUUGUUACAGCCCUGCCACCCCUUGCUGUGUGUAUAUAUAUAAUACUUUGUCCUUCAUAUGUGAAAGAUCCAGUGUUGGAAUUCUUUGGUGUAAAUAAACGUUUGGUUUUAUUUAUCAA